AUGGGUUGUGGCAUGAGCACAGAGGAGAAGGAGGGCAAGGCCCGGAAUGAGGAGAUUGAGAACCAACUGAAGAGAGACAAGAUGAUGCAGCGAAAUGAGAUCAAGAUGCUGCUUCUCGGUGCUGGAGAGUCUGGAAAAUCGACUAUUCUCAAGCAGAUGAAGCUGAUCCAUGAGGGAGGCUACUCUCGCGACGAGAGAGAGUCCUUCAAGGAGAUCAUCUUCAGCAACACCGUUCAGUCGAUGCGCGUUAUCCUUGAGGCAAUGGAGUCACUUGAACUUCCUCUCGAUGAUCAAAAGGCUGAGUACCACGUCCAAACCAUCUUCAUGCAACCUCAGCAGAUUGAGGGUGAGUGCUUGCCACCUGAGGUCGGCAACGCCAUCGCUUGCUUGUGGAAGGAUGCUGGUGUCCAAGAUUGCUUCAAGCGAUCCAGAGAGUAUCAGUUGAAUGACUCUGCCAGAUACUACUUCGACAACAUUGAGCGUAUCUCCCAAGGUGAUUACAUGCCAAACGAUCAAGACGUCCUUCGAUCUCGUGUCAAGACUACCGGAAUUACCGAGACUACAUUCAUCAUUGGCGAUCUCACAUACCGCAUGUUCGACGUUGGAGGACAACGAUCUGAGCGAAAGAAGUGGAUUCACUGCUUUGAGAACGUCACUACAAUUCUGUUCCUUGUUGCCAUCUCUGAGUACGAUCAAUUGCUCUUCGAAGACGAGACUGUCAACCGCAUGCAAGAAGCCUUGACCCUCUUCGAUUCCAUCUGCAAUUCGCGUUGGUUCAUCAAGACCUCGAUUAUCCUCUUCCUCAACAAGAUCGAUCGUUUCAAGGAGAAGCUUCCAGUUUCCCCAAUGAAGAACUACUUCCCCGAUUUCGAAGGUGGUGAUGAUUAUGCUCUGGCUUGCGACUAUAUCCUCAAUCGAUUCGUCAGCUUAAACCAGCACGAGACAAAGCAAAUCUACACACAUUUCACCUGCGCAACCGAUACCACCCAAAUCCGCUUCGUCAUGGCUGCUGUCAAUGACAUCAUCAUCCAGGAGAAUCUACGUCUUUGCGGCCUGAUCUAG